AUGUUUGCAAUUUUCUUUGCUCUAGCCCUUUCAGCGGAUCAAGCCGAAGAUCCAGGCAAAGAUUGCGUUGAAGAUCCAGUCGCUGGCGCCAGUUCUUUUUUCUUGAAGCUUGCUAAACCAGCCGCCCCAAUUUCAGAAAAAUUAGCAUCUUACUUUACAAAAGAAAAAAUUACCGAUGAAUUUAACCUUGAAAGCCCAAUGGGGUUCGCAGCUUAUUUCAUCGGAUUCGUUAUCGUAAUUAUUGCUUUCGUCGUUAUUUUCUGCAUGUUCUUUUGCUGUUCAGCCUGCUUCUCUUGCUGCUGCUUCAAACCAGAGAAAAGCAAGAAGUUCAAGUGGUCUCUCGCAAUUCCUCACCUCGCUUUCAUUGGCAUCAUGGUUGUCGCUAUUAUCAUCUUCUACGUUUCAGCAUCAAAUAUUGUUAAGGGAUUCGGCAAUGCUGCUAAGAUCAACAAGAAUUUCACCGCAUUCAUCACAAACAUCAUCGACGCCAUUAAAGGAGUUGUCGAAAAUGGUGUAAACCUUGUUACUGGUAUGGUUACAAAGGCUGUUACAGUUUUCAAAGACUUUAUUGCUGCUGUUGAUGAUAAAAUAGGUAAAAUGGAAACUUCUUCACAACAAGCUGAAACAAAGUCAAAUGAAGCUGUUACAUAUGCACAAGGUGAAUUACAAACAUCUGCCAAUACUCUUAACAACAACUUCAAGACUGGAUGUCACCAAUCCAAUGUUUUAAUUGAUAACUCCAAGGUUAUUAACAAACUUACAGAUGUCAAAUCUAAGAUGUCCAAAUUGAAGAAUUCCAUCAAUAAAAUCAAGGAUGUUAGAAACAAGAUCGAAAAUUCUGUCACAGAAAUGGAAAAUAAAGUUGAUGGCAUGGUCCAGAACUUCAAGGAUGAUGUUACAAAUGCAGUUGCCGGCACAAACUAUGUUUCCUUCACUGAUUUCCUUGAUACAGCUGAUAAGUACAUCCAACCAGCCAACAAGUGGAUCAAAGUUGUUGUUAUCCUUGCCGUUGUAAUCCUUAGCAUCCUCAUUGCUACAUUCGGCAUCAUCUACUUCUUCAACUGCUGCUGCAGCAGAUGCCUCGCUGGCUGCUUCCCAAUGUUCGCCUACCUCUUCACAUUACUCUUAGGCCUUCCUUGCAUCGUAUUCGCUAUCACUACACCUAUUUUCUUCGGCAUUUGCCCGAAGCUCGAACCAUAUAUCCAAAAAUACGGCGGCGACUUCCUUCCAGAAAACAUUACCCUCACUGAUGCCCUCUACUGCAAUGGAACAGAGAAGUCCCUUUACAAUCUCUUGCAUCUUGGUGAAAAAUUCGGAAUUGACAACCAAAUUGAGAAAUUCAAGGAAAAUUUGGAAGGCACUCUCACAAAAGUCGAAGGUGGUGCUUCACUGGAAUCCCUUGACAAUGCUUCCAACAUCGAUACAAGUUCAUACUCCGCUGAAUCUCUCGAAGAAGAUAUCAGUAGGAGAAACGAACUCAAGGCAGCUGUUGCAUCAUGCCCCAACAAAGAUCGACUUGAUCAAAACAUCGAUGACUACUUCAAUAAGCUCGAUCAUCAACUCAAGCCAAAGAUCGACCAAAUGAACAAAUCUGUUGCAGAGACAGUUAGUCUUUCUCGUACAAUUGGCCCAUUGAUGAACGAGUCAACAUAUACCACACAAAACAUUUUGGACGCUUUCGUUGUUGAUUUCAACGCAACAGUCAUCGGUGGCUUGAAGUCAGAUCUCACAUGCUAUGGCCUCUGCGGACUUUACGUUCCAAUCAGAAACGCCAUGUGCAGCAACCUCGUCAACGGUGGUGCCUUCUGGAUGAUCGCCGCUGUCAUCAUGAUGAUCGACUGCAUCUGCGUCAUGUUCUCACUCUGCCUCCGCAGAAAGAAUAUGGCUCCAGUCAAAGUUGAAUCUGACAGUGGAUACUCAUACAGUGGAGAUGGUCAGUCAAAGCAUGAGUACUAA